CGAAUUUAUAAAAUAAUUAUUCUCACGUGUUCUCGUGCCAGCGGAAAUUAGAUUUUUGGUGCGGCAGGGAGUAAGCACUUAACAGAGCUCUGCUGCCUACAGCUGUUUUGUCGCGGUAAAAUUAGAUCAAGUCUAUAAAUAGCGAACUUUUCGAGCCUUUUUCAUUCUUCGCACAGCAGAUUAAAGCAGCUUCUUCAAGCUCAUUUUCUCCCUCCUCUCCUGUAACAAGUCAAGUGCUGGGCAUUGCAGAAACAGACGUGCAAGAUGAAGUUUGGAAAAGACUUUAAGAAGCAAAUGGUGCCUGAGUGGAUAGAAGCCUACAUGGACUAUAAUGGUCUUAAGAAAAUAUUACGAGAUAUCCGCCGUGCCAGGCAAAGCAAGGGGCCUCCAACACCAUCAAGAUUGUCACAUCAGCAGUCAAUGCUGUACACAACAUUCAGUGGUCUUAACCCACGACCUAAUAGUGUCCAUCAGAGUAAAGGUGAUAUUGAAGACCAGGUGAUAGAUGUUAGCACGACACAACAAGAGGGUUCUACGAAGUUAUACAAUACUAAGUUUCUCAAGUCCAAUGAAGAAGGAGGUGAUACUGAAGUUACAUUCUUCAAUAAACUUGAUUAUGAGCUCAACAAGGUCAAUAUAUUUUAUAAGGACAAGGUAGAGGAAGUUAUGAAGGAAGCAACUGAGCUGAACAAACAAAUGGAAGCUUUGAUAGCACUACGGAUCAAGGUUAAAAAGCCAGAUAUUGCUAAAAGUAAUUCUGAAGCUGUGAAACUGACUUCUCCAGGUAGAGAAAAGAUUCCAGAGGUAAAACCUAUGGAUUUGACACCUGAAGUAAACAAGGCUACUGCAAGCACACAAGGGAGUGCAAUUUCCGGAGAAGAUUAUGGUACUCGUCAUGGAAAGAUGGCAGAUUCUGCCAUACAUCAAGAAACUGAAUUGGAAGUCCUUGAUCGCGUAAAAAUGAAUAAUGCAAUUGAAGAUUCAAUAAUAACAAUAAGAGGCUUACUCAACGAUUCAAAGGGGAAGGAAUUGAACUUUAACAAAGAGGAGCUCAGGAAAGCUGAAGAAAGGUUGAAAAUUGUCUUUAUCGAAUUUUACCGCAAGCUACGUUUGCUAAAGCAAUACAGUUUCAUGAACCUCUUAGCAUUUUCCAAGAUUAUGAAAAAGUAUGAAAAGAUUGCAUCCAGAAAUGCAUCAAGAUCAUACAUGAAAAUAGUGGACAGUUCUUAUCUGGGGAGUUCGGAAGAGGUCGCUUGUCUCUUGGACAGAGUCGAAGAUGCUUUCAUCAAGUACUUCUCAAGAUUGAACCGUAGGGAAGGCAUGAAAUCACUGAGGCCAAAAUUUAGAAAAGAAAAGCACAGAGUAACAUUUUUUUCUGGAUUCUUCUUUGGUUGCGCAAUUGCCCUACUGGUCGCUGCAAUUCUACUUAUAGAAGCUAGGAAAGUACUUGACAAAGAACAGCAAGCCAAGUACAUGGACAACAUUUAUCCACUUUACAGUUUCUAUGCAUACAUUGUCCUGCAUAUGCUAUUCUAUUCUGCUAGUAUAUAUUUCUGGAGACGCUACAAGGUCAACUAUGCCUUCAUAUUUGGAUUCAAGCAAGGAACUGAACUGGGCUAUCGGGAAGUCUUUCUCCUCAGUACUGGUCUGGCAGUUCUUGUGCUUUCCACUUUUCUGGUGCACUUGCAUAUCAAAAUGGAUUCAAAAACUGAGCACUAUGAGACUUACGUUGACCUAAUUCCCUUGGGCUUAGCUUGUGUUGUUCUUCUCAUUACCAUCUGCCCUUUCAACUUCAUGUACAAAUCAAGUCGAUUCUUCCUUAUUCGAUGUUUUUUCCGCUGUAUUUGUGCUCCUCUAUGCACGAUAACUCUUGCAGAUUUUUUCUUGGCAGACCAUCUCACUAGCCAGGUUCAAGCGCUAAGGAGUUUCGAGUUCUAUACUUGCUUUUAUGGUUGGGGUAAAUAUGUCAAGGGAGAAUCUAAGUGCCACGAACUUGAUGUCUACAAUGUUUUUUAUUUCAUUGUAGCAAUUAUACCAUACUGGAUUCGCUUCCUUCAGUGCGUGCGCCGACUGUUUGAGGAGAAGGAGCCAGUGCAUGCUGUUAAUGGUUUCAGAUAUUUCUUAACAAUUGUUGCUGUGGCCAUCAGAACCGCAUUCGAAUUGAAAAAGGGAACAACUUGGAAGGUGUUGGCCUUCAUAAGCUCCAUUGUUGCAAUAGUGUUCAACACAUAUUGGGAUAUUUUUGUAGAUUGGGGCCUAAUGCAGAAGAGAUCUAAAAACUCAUUUUUGAGAGACAAACUUCUAGUUUCACACAAGAGUGUGUACUUCGCAGCUAUGGUUGUUGAUAUGAUACUGAGGUUUGCUUGGCUGCAACUGGUAUUGAAAUUUAAUGUGAUUGCUUUGCGUGGUGACGCCAUAACAAGCUUAUGUUCCUGCCUAGAGAUCCUUCGUCGUAAUAUUUGGAGUUUCUUCAGGUUGGAGAAUGAGCAUGUAAACAAUGUUGGCAAAUAUCGUGCAUUUAAGUUGGUUCCACUCCCCUUCUAUUACUAUGAUGAUGAAAAGGAUGAUUAGGUAAUUGUGUUUUUGGAUCCAGAAGCGAGAAUUGGCUCUGAUUUAUUUUCCUCUGCAAGUAUCGUCAUCAAGUGUCAUUAACGCACCAAGCAAUAACUCUUGAAAGGUUGCAAAUAAGGAAUACAAUGAUAGAAAUGAUAGCAAAGAGUCCCCGACUGAAAUAGGUUUUGCAGAAAAUUCAGUCCCGCAAAUGGGGCUAUCUAAUGAAAUCACGUUAUAAGGUAAGAAAAAGAAUUUGAGUGUCAUGUCAUGACAUUCUUGGAAUGCACAUUGUAUUCAUCCAUGUCAAUUGUAGCAGACGACAUGAUGUGCAAGUCAACUGAAUGUCGUUACAGUCUGAAUAAAGAUCCAAGUCACUCUCAUCCUCAGAAUAAGUAUCAUGAAAAUCCACUCUACAUGGCAUGAUACUUAUUACAAGAAUUCUUUGCAAGUGUAAGUCGCCAAGGUUUGGUGGCUCUGAUGGAAGAACGGCUUUUACAUGCUGCAGUUUUAGCUCAUGGUGGACAUGGUAUGUGCAUAUACGUUACCUUCUCUUUAUUUCCCCAACUUAUUUCUCAAGCGCCGAAAAAGAAAAUUACUACAUCCUACUUCGAUCUUUCUAAUUCAAAUAAAUGUUCCUUGUCACUAAAUAUAGCACAACUCCAAUGAUGCAUUUUCCUUGGCCCUGAAUAUAGAGCCAGCUUUGGGUGAGCUUAUGACUUAUGACUUAACGUGAUUUAUUUGAUAAGUUGGGAGUUUAAAAUGUC